AUGUCUAGUCUAAAGAUUGGGUCAGGGAAUGGGCCGGGCUUCAAAAGUGGGCCCGAUUUGUCCUAUUUCUCAUCUCUAGUCGUUACUUCAGUAAGAAGUUGUUUACCCUGAUCGUAUACCCAGUAGAAAGUUUUUACCUCUGCCACCUCUUCAGUAUUAAAAUACCAACCCAUAGCACUAUAAAAAUCAAAAAACGAGUACAAUACUUACUUUAGCAGUUUAGAUUUAUCGCGUUUACUAAACCGACCGUACGCUGAACAAGUGAACGUCAAAUUGAAGUAAAAAGUUGUGAAUUGGGAAGGGAAAAGGUUCGUUUUAAAAUUUUUGUGAAUAUUUUGAAAUUUCACACUUUUUUAGAAAAAUUUUUGGAAUUUAAAAAAAUGUUUUGAAAUUUCAUACUUUUUUGAAUUUUUUAAAAUUUUUUAAAAUUUAUGUUUUUGUAUCGACUGGUUGAUGUUCAUGUUGUAGAAGAAUCGAUUGGGCAGGUUAGUUUUGGUUUUUUUAUUUUCAAAGAGGAAAUUUUUCUUAAAAUGAAAAAUUUAAAGUUUUUAACUAUACUCACUUUCUCGUACUAAAUAGCACUAUGUUCACUUUUUCGUACUAUAUAGUACUAUCAUUAAAAAACAUUCAUAUUUCACCUAGCAGUAUAAGCACUUUUUGUACUAAGCAUCACUGCUUUUACUUCCUUGUACUAAAUACUAUCAAUUUAGUGCAAUGACAACCCUGGUCGAAGAACUAAUUCGUCAAGGAAGGGCUCCAGACCUUACUAAACCAAGAUGGGAUCAGAAUUCAUUCGAUGGUCGAUUAAAACACUUCUUCACCAUCACUAACCCAUUAAACUUGUUCACCUCGGAAAGUCGGCUCAAUGAUUGCAAAAAGAUUGUCGAUCAGUAUGUGUAAGUACUAUUUAGUCAAGCUGUACUAUUUAGUAUUGGUGUAAAGUGGGCGUGUUUUAAUUCCUAUUAGGUUGUUCAGUUAUUUCUGUGCCCGAUUUACCUUGAAAAUUUUCUUUGGAAGGUGGCACAGAAUUAUUUGAACAACCUAAUAGUUAAACCGUACUAUUUAGCAUCGGUAUAAAAUGGACGUAGCAUAACUUUAGGAUUGGCUCAGUUUUUCAAGCUUUGUUUUAGACUUAAGAUUCAAUUUUUAGGCUUAGUUCACUUUUUAGUCUAAGCCAGUUUUUAGGCUUUCACUUUUAAAUAUAAGCCUAAAUUAAAAAUUUAGUUCAAACUUUUAAAAACUUUUAGAAAACUCAAGUACGUUGAGCCAAACACAACAUUGGAUGAGUUAUGGAGAGCCAAGAACCUCUACGACUCGGCUUAUCACCCAACGACUGGAGAGAAGAUGUUUGUAUUGGGUCGGAUGAGCAGUCAAGUACCAUGUAACAUGUUGAUCACAGGAGGAAUGCUCACGUUUUACCGGUAUUUUAUACUUUUUUUAUAAUUUGACGUAAUGAAACUAUUGAUUUUUUGAUUUUUAACUGUUUUUUUGGCAUUUUUUUGAUAUGUAACGUAAUGCAAAUAUUGAUUUUGCGAUUUUUAACGGUUUUUGGUACUUUUUGAAAAGUAACGUAAUGUAACUAUUGAUUUCUAAAUUUUUGGUUGUUUUUGGCAAUUUUUGAUAAGUAACGUAACUAAACUAAUGAUUUUUUGAUUUUUGUUGAUUUUUUGAAACUUUUUAUAUGUAACGUAAAGCUACUAUUGAUUUCUUGGAAAAAUUUUAAAACUUUAACGGUUUUUGACGCUUUCUGGUUUGUAACGUAACGCAACUAUUGAUUUUUUUCAUUUUUUUUGCAAUUUUUGAUAAUUUUAUAAUACUGAACACAAUGCAAAUAUUGAUUGACUAAAAACUUCCAGAUCUACCCCAGCAGUCAUUUUUUGGCAAUGGAUCAACCAAUCCUACAAUGCGUUGGUCAAUUUUGCGAAUCAGUCCGGCAAAUCUCAGGAAACCAGCCAACGACUAUGGACCGCCUACUUUUGUGCCACUUCUAGUGCUGUAGCAGCGGCGUUGACAUUAAAUGCGGCUACGAAGAAGCUGCUACCUCUGACUCAACGAUUGGUACCGUUCUGUGCGGUUGCCGUGGCUAAUAUGAUCAAUCUACCGAUUAUUAGGAGCAAGUAGGUUUGAAAUGAGGUUUUUGGAAUUUUAAAAGAUUUGGAAAGAAAGUUCUUGCCAUUUUUUGGUUUGGAAAGAAAUGUGUUGUUAUUUUAUAGUUUGUAAAGAAAGUUUUUGUUAUCUUUUUUUUAAAGAAAGUCUUUGCCAUUUUCCAUUUUGUAAAGAAAGUUCUUGCCAUUUUUCAAUUUGUAAAGAAAGUUCUUCCAUUUUCAAAUCUUGUAAACAAAGUUUCUGCAUUUCAGUGAACUACUAGAAGGAAUUGAAGUUUUUGAUGCAGAUGGUGAGGUUUUAGGCAAAAGUAAGAAAGUGGCGUCACGUGCCAUUCCAGAAGUAGUGAUUAGUCGAAUCUUCAUGGCUGUACCAUUUAUGGUAUCAGCACCAGUUUUAAUGGAACAGGUGGUUAAAACAAGGUUUUAUCAGGUAAUUCAUUAGGCUUUUCGUGGGUUAGAGCUAGAGUUAGGGUUUAGGCUAGGGCUAGUGCUAAGGCUAAGCUUAGACUUAAGCUUAGGCUUAGGCUAGGCUUAGGCUUAGGCUAGGACUAAGACUAGGGCUAAAGCUAGGGCUAGGCCUGACUGUGUUUAGACUUUGCACAUACAGUAUUAUACUGUACUAUUAACGACAUACCGUAUCAGAAACGACCAUGGAUCGCAGCACCAAUCCAAAUCUUGUUCUCAGGCUUCAUGUUAACCUUUGCCACGCCCAUUGGAUGUGCGUUCUUCCCACAAAAAUCUGAAGUCAGUGUUGCCAAAUUGGAGCCAGAAGUUCAGGCUAAGAUUGCGAGACGAGAAAACCCGCCAACUAUAGUCUACUAUAACAAGGGGCUUUGA